CUUCAGGUUCAACAUUGUGCAGCUUGAUUGCUCCAAUUCACUAACCAACUGCCUAUGCCAUUGUCUCUUCUGCAACUUUGGACCAAACUCUUCUUUUUUAUUUAUUUCAAAAUAAUAUAUUUUCAUAAUCUGUAAUUAAAAAUUAACAAGUUGGAGGUAGUGUUAAUCACCACCAUGCACAUGCCUUCACCAGCUCUGAUCUUCGUAAUCUGUAAUUGUGAUUUAUUUUCUAUAUAUAUUUUUUAUUUUUCUCAAAGAUUUGUUUUCUAUAUAUCAUUAUUCUUAAUCGAAUAAUUAGCGUAUUAUUAACACUGCCUCGUUUACAUAAUCAUUUUUAGCUUAAUGCUUCGUAUUAGUUCGCUCAAAUGGAAAGCAAAAUUAUCGAAUUUCGAGAUCUAGAUCUGGAAGAAAGUCUCUCAUUUAGUAGCUGCUACGACUUCAACUCCUCUUCCUCUCUCGUUACCUUCAAUAAUAAUAACAGUGAAGACGACAAUGAAUCGUACAUCGAAAUUGCCCUUGAAGCCGCAGAUGUCAGCGAUGGUGUAGAAAACGAGGACGACUGCGAUGACGAAAUGGAGUUGCGUUUAUCAUUUUCAUCUAGCGUGCUCCUUCCAGUCGAGACAAAAGCAAUAGAUUUAUACGACUCGGUGACUUCUUGUACAUCUUCUUUAUCGUCAUCUUCUUCGUCGGCGUUUACUCUUUGCUCUUCCUCCACGGAUGCAGAAAGUCAGCGGAAUCAACAGGUGGAGUCCGAGCUUUGUAGUUGUAUAAUGCCGAAGAGUAUUAGAAGCAAGGUAGAGUUUCCGGCAGUUAACCGCUUCGUCAAUUCUUUCACUUCCAGUUUUAGGGACUCAUCGGAGAUUGACCUAGGACUGGGAGAUAGUCGUUCGCCGCAUGCCAACCCCUUGGACCUCAUGGCCGGCAGCAAUAGCACAACGAAGCCAUCAAAAAUAACAGGAGCAGCAACAACAAACAUAAACAGAGGGAUGAUGAUGAAAGUCCUUAUAAAAUUUCGAGCCAUGAAACUGGGGACAUUAAUAGCAUCAAUUCUCAAGGCUCCCCAGGCAAAAUCUUCCAUUGACAAAGAUAAAGUACGUGAAGAGACAUUGUGGGCCUGUAAUCAGAGUCUCAUGCACAAGAGGAGGUCACUGCAAGAAGGGAGGCAAGGAGAGAGGCCAAGAGUUUUAGAACUGAAUUUGGACACAAUUAGGGGGGCAUUGGAAACCAUGAGUAUUAGGAGCCUUGGCCGCAGAGAUAGAAGAAGAACAAAAAGCUACAGUGGUUCUACCAAAUCCUCCCCAAUUCACCAGAGAUUUCCAUCUGAAACUUGUAAAAUUUCAUCAGCUGUAACUGAUAACUCAAUUCAAGCUGCUAUUGCUCAUUGUAAAAAAUAAUUUGGCCCAAAUGUUUGAUAUUUUGCGUUCAGC